ACCAUCGUUGACCAUACACCAUGUGUACCGUUCAUUAUACAUAAAUCAUAGGCAAAAACUAAAUUCAACAUUAGUCAUUUUAUUUUGACCGUUUUUUAUAAUUUAUUAUUUCUACAACAAUAAAUUGAUGUAUUAGUUAUCGUUUGUUCUAUUAUUUAUUUACCUGAAUAAAUAAUACUCUGAAUUUCGUUUCAGUUUUGAAGUUGUAGUGUGUGGAUUCUUGGCAUCUUUGAUAGAUGUUUAUUGGCCAAGAAAUUUCAAAAAUGGAUAUAGAGAAUGAGGAAUCUAUAUUAAAAGAUUUUGUUCCUCGAGAUUAUCAACUUGAACUAUUAGAAGAUGUUAAAAAAUCAAAUACAAUUUUGUACCUACCAACUGGAAGUGGAAAAACAUACAUAGCGACAAUGCUUGUCAAAUAUAUGGGAGAACCUUUGAAUAAACCUUUGGGUGAAGGAAGAAAGUGGACAUUCUUCAUUGUUCAUUCAGUACCUCUUGUUAAUCAACAAGCAAAUAGCUUAAGAAAACAUUUACCUUGGAAUAUAGGUACAUUCACUGGUGACAUGAAUGUUGAUUUUUGGUCUAAAAAUGAGUGGAAAAAAAUAUUGGAAGAAUGCCAUAUAAUGGUUAUGACUGCUCAAAUUUACUUAAACAAUUUACAUCAUGGUUUUAUGAAUAUAAAAGAUGCAAAUCUUAUUAUUUUUGAUGAAUGCCAUCAUGCUGUAUUACUUCAUCCUUUUAGACAAAUAAUGCAAGUUGUUCAUGAUACUAAUUUUAAUGAUGAUAAGCGUCCUCAUAUCCUUGGACUUACUGCCACUUUAAUAAAUUCAAAAAGUAAAAAUGUUAAAGAAGAAUUAACAAGAUUGCAACAAACUUUUAGUGCUACAAUUAAGACCAAAUAUGAUGAAGCUGUUAAAAUUUUUUCAGCACGUCCUGAAGAAUUUAUACUUUUGUAUGAUGAGUUUAUUCUAGAUGAAGACUUAAAAGCUAUUUUGAAUCGAAUUAAAUUAUUUUACAAUCAGUUAAAAGAUUUGCAUUCAUCUUCUAAGAAUGAACCUAUUAUAGAAAAUCAAGAUACCUAUUACUUAGAAGUUCAAAAAUCACCUAUAAAAUCUUUGGCUAAUUAUUUCCUAGACCUAGAGGUUAAUCUUGGUGAUAGUGGUGUGUAUGUUGCUUAUUUAGCAACAUGGCAUUAUAUAAUUGAUAUUGAAAAGAAAAAAAAGCUGUGUUGUGAUUUAGAUAAAUAUAUGAUUUUGACGUUGGCAUUAUCAAAUAUGACUGUAAUUCGAAAGAUGCUGUAUGAUUAUAUGAUAAAAAAUUCAAAAUCCGUAGAAAGUCCUCUAUCUUUAGUGAACAAUGCUUCAUCAAAGUUAAAAUCAUUAAUGGAACUCUUAUCGUCAAUAAAACGCUCUGAUAUUUGUUUAAUAUUUGUUGACCGCCGAACAACUGCCAAAGUCAUUUAUCAUUAUAUUAAGGAUUACAUUCAUGAACAUAAACAAACAAAUAUUGUGUGUGAAUUUAUCGUAGGAGCAAAAGGAAUAUUUCAUAUUGAUUCUAGAGAAAUGAUGUAUAAAAAAUUACAAAAUAAUGAUAUUUUAAAAAAGUUUAACGAUAAUUUGAUAAAUGUUUUAAUAACAUCAGAAGUAUUAGAGGAAGGUGUUGAUAUUCAAACUUGCAAUUAUGUCAUAAGAUAUGAUACUCCUAAAAAUUUCCCUUCUUAUGUACAAUCUAAAGGUAGAGCACGUAGUAAAGACAGCAAAUUUGUAGUGAUGGUGCCAAAGAAGGAAGACUUUAAUAAAAUUAAAACUGUCUAUGAUAAUAUGGAAAAAGAAAUUGAUAAAAUUUUAGUAAAUAAUGAUAUUGAUGAUGAUAAUAACGAAGAAGAUUUAGAUCAAGUUUUUAAGACUAAACAUGCAAUAUUAACUCAUGAUAUUGCUAUCAGUAUUGUUAAUAGAUAUUGUUACUCUUUACCUCAAGAUCGCUUCUCAAAUUUAGGACCAGAUUGGUACAUAGCUGAAAAUGAUAAUGACUUUAAAAAAUAUAAACUUAUACUGCCAAUUAACAGUGCCAUUAAAACUCCUAUUAAUGGAAUAUUUUGUAGAACUAAGAAAAACGCUAAAAAAUCUGCAGCAUUUAAUGCAUGUAUUGAGUUAUAUAAAGCUAAAGCAUUAGAUGAACAAUUAUUGCCUGUAAAUAUUGCAAAUAAAUUUUUAAUAAAUAAUUUAAAAUGGUUUCCACAUUGGGUCGAAGAAGAUAUGGAAGCAUGUAAAUAUAAUCUAAAACCAGGAACUAAUAAAAUGAAAAGAAUAGUUCAUAUUGAAAGUCCAUCAUACUUAAAAGGAGUAUAUCCACAAGUAGACAAGCCAUCAUAUUUACAUGUCAUUCAUUGUGUUCCAAUGUAUAGCCAAUUGAAAGAUUCUAACUAUGGAACAUUUGAUAAGUUACUAAGAUCAAAUAAAGAAUUUGGAAUUCUAACAUCAAAAAAAAUACCACUUGUAUCAAACUUUCCAAUUUUUUUAAAUUUUGGUGAAGUAAAUAUCCAAAUAAAAGAAAAUAUUGAUGUAAUUUAUCUCGAUCAUAAAAAUCGUAAUAGAUUAGAACAAUUUCAUAACAAAUUAUUUUUGGAUGUAUUGAGUGUGAAAGACUUCAUUGUUAGAAAUUAUAAUAAUGAAAAUAAUUCAUACAUGAUAGUACCAAUUAUUUGUACAGAUAAUACUUAUUCUGUGGAUUGGAAUGUUGUUGAUCUAAAUAUAUUUGUAGAAACCAAGCCACCUACCAUGUCAGAAAGAAAAGAUAAAUUUUAUGAAGAAUAUCUUGAAAUGUCUAAUGUUAUUUCACCUUGGUAUAGAAAUAUAGUUCCAUUACAGAGGUAUAUUGUCACUGAUGUUUAUUAUGAUAUGACGCCUGAAAGUUGUUUUCCAACCAGUGAAUAUGAAACGUAUAAAACAUAUUUUAGUGACAAAUAUAACAUUCAGGUGACUAACGAAAAUCAACCAAUGAUAAAAGUAAAAUCAUUGGGAGUGUCAAAAAUAAAUUAUUUAAUACCUAAAUUUACCUCUGGUAAAAUUGAUAAACGAAGCGAAUACAUUGAAAUACUUAUACCAGAAUUUUGUAUAUGGCAUAGAUUUCCAUCAAUAUAUUGGUUAAAAGCUUUAAUGUUGCCAACCAUAUUAUACAGAUUCAGUAAUUUAUUACUAGCUGCAGAACUUCUUGAAAAAGUUAAUUCUUUGUGUAACAUUAAAUUAGAAAAUAAAACAAAUGAUACUGUAAAGAUGGAUAACUUCUGUGGUUUUAAUGAAAAAAAAAAAAAAAAAAUUAUUUUACCAAUUAGUGAAACAUUAAAAUACUUGGAAAACUCUCACGAUAAUUUGAGUGAUGAAUGGAAUUCAGUUAAUUUACCUAUUGAUAUUGAUAGGCAGAAAAACACUACCAUGUUAGAUGUUUUAAAUUAUCAUACAUUUAUGUAUGCAAUGAAUAAAUCAAAAAAUGACGAAGACAAUCAAAUACUGAGCUCACCUACUUUAAAUAAUUUUAAAUUUAAAUCAAAGAAAGAUUUAGAAAUUGAAGAUUCAAAUGAUAGUAAUUCAAACCAUGAAAUGGUUGAGGUUGCAGAUAUACUAAAGAAAGUGAUAACUGAGCUAAACAUCUUAAAUUUAACGAAUAAUGAACCACCUGCAUUGAGUCCAUUAAACAAGGAACUUACAAAUCAAAAUAUUGGGCCAAAACAAAGUGAUAUUUUAAAAGUUAUAACACCACCAUUUGCAAAUGAUAUGUUCAAUUAUGAGCGAAUGGAAACAUAUGGUGAUAGUUUUCUUAAAUUUGCUACUUCUUUGUCGUUAUUUGAUGCAUAUGAAUCCGAAAAUGAAGGAGUUCUUACUGAAUUAAAAAUGAAAUUAGUUGGUAAUCGAAACUUAUUAUAUGUUGGAAAUAAAUUAAAUAUUGGAUCAUAUUUAAAGGUCAAUAUUUUUGAGCCAACAAUGGAUUGGGUACCUCCAUGCUUUGCUGUUCCUCAAAAGUUAGUGGAAAUUAUUAACAAAGGUAAUUUACAGUCUGAUGUCCUUCAUCAAAUAGUCAUUCCAAGAGAAGACAAAUUAUCUGGACAAAUGUCAGAUGAAACUUGGGAUCAAGUUGAAAAUGAAAUUUUAAAAUUUAAAAAAUUAUCUGAAAUGCCCAUGUCUGAUAGUGAUGAUGAUGACGAAGGAAGACCACAAAUGGGUCAUUCACAAUCUGAUUUAUUCAUACAUAAACAAUCAGUUUCAGACAAAAUGGUCGCCGAUUGUGUAGAAUCAUUGAUUGGUACUUAUGUUUAUUAUUUAGGAGUUGAAGGGGGCUUUAAGAUUCUUCAUGGUUUGGGUAUCAUACCAGAAGAAUACAUUGAUACAUUCAAACCCAAACCUAAUAUGAAAGAUGGAUUAUACAAAGAUUUAAAUUAUUCUUAUAUUUUACCUGGAUAUGAAAUUCUUGAGCGAAGAAUUGACUACUCAUUUAACAAUAAACAUCUUUUAAUUCAAGCACUUACCCACCCAACACACCGAUUUGGAUAUUCUGAAUGCUAUCAAAGACUUGAAUUUCUUGGCGAUGCCAUUCUAGAUUUUUUAAUUACUACAUAUAUAAUAGAACAUUGUCACAACAAAACGCCUGGUGAUAUUACAGAUAUUAGAUCUUCACUUGUAAAUAAUAUUACAUUUGCCUCAUUAAGCACUCGCAUUGGAUUACAUAGGUUCAUCCUAGCUGAGUCUGUAGAAUUGACAAAUGCAAUAGAUCGUUUUUUUGAACAUCAGGAGAAAAACAACCAUAAAAUUGGUCAAGAAGUUCUUUAUCUCAUAGAAGAAAGUGAUUGUUACGCUGCUGAAUCUGUUGAUGUACCAAAAGUAUUGGGAGACUUGUUUGAAUCUUUAAUUGGUGCAAUCUAUUUAGAUUGUGGCAGAGAUUUAAAUCUUGUAUGGAAAAUUUGCUAUAGAUUUUUGGAAAAUGAAAUCAAAGAAUUCAGCACAAAUGUGCCUAAAAAUCCUAUUCGUAUUUUACAUGAAACUAAAUUACAACCAUGUUUCAGUAAACCUACCGCUUCAGCUAAAGCACUUGAGAGAGGCCUGGGAACUAUGAUUCAAUUGGACAUAAUAUUGAACAACAAAAAUAUGACUAUAUAUGGAUUUGGUCAAAAUAAGAAAGAAGCUAAAGUUGCUGCUGCCAAAAUGGCAUUAAAAAAUGUGAAAAAAAUGUUAUCUUAAUUUUUUAUGCAAUAAUCUAUUUUUAUUAUUAAU